UUAAUUUCUUUUUUCUUUUGUAACUCAUUAGUUCAACAAAGAAGGCUACAUCAAGCAUACAAGUGAAGAUGAAAACGAGCAAGCCAUGGAGUCUGAAUCAACAGGUGCUUCUGCACACCAUAAAAUCGAUGAUUCUGCUAAUGAUAAAAUAGACGGAGUUGAUGCAGCAGCUGAAGAAUCGGAGAGCUUAUCUGACAUUGAUGAUUUAGAGGUUGAUGGCUACCUUCACAAUGAGGAGGAGAAGCACUACAAGAAGAUUAUUUGGGAGGAAAUGAACAAAGAAUAUCUUGAGGAACAGGCUUUAAAAGAGGCAGCGGCAUUAGCUGCAAAGAAAGCUUAUGAGGCCAAUUUCCAGAACUGCCCAGAGGAUGCACAGAAGCUUGCAGCUGCUGCUGCGGCAGCUGUGGCGAAGUCAAAAAAGGAAAGGCAACAGAAGCGAGCUGCGGAAUUAAAAAAUUCAGUUCCUGCUCAAACUGCUGCAGAAGCCACUAGACAAAUGCUAACUAAAAAGAGGCUGAGUUCUAAAAUCAACUAUGACGUACUGGACAAACUUUUUGAUGAAUCUGUAAUUUCAGAGGAUGCCAAGAAAAGUCGAACUGAUCUAGACUCUUGUAACGAUGACAAACCCGUACAACAUAGAGAAAGAGAUCUUGAACAAGAGGACAACUACAAUGAGAAGGAAGUAUAUGUAAAGACGAGGAGACUGCAGCUUAAGUUAAAGGAAUGUAUUUGUUUCUUUAGUGUCAUUAUCAUCUGGCUUUGAUAGUUUGUUUUAGACAUCACAAUUGGAGUUGUGAAAUGAGGCUUGCUGGGCUGGUCUGGCCAUUAUUGUUAAUGGACUGGGCUUCAACCAGUUACAGCCCAAGAACUCAAUCAUGGGCCGGGCUGAACCAGCACUUUGAACCCCCACCCUGAAAUGCUACUUUUUCAGGACAUUAGUUUUGUCUUUUAGCAAGACUAUUAUAUGUCAUGUUUGUUACGUAGAAUUGAUAAUAUAUGAAACAAAAGUUUUAGUUUCUCUUAACCCUUGUUUGUUACAGAUUAAAAUCUAAAUUUUAAUCUAAAUGAAAGUUAAUAAUUUAUUUCAACCACAAUUUAUGGGUUUCACAAUUUUUAACAAUAUAUUUCAUUAACUUUUAUCAAAAUCUACUAAAAGUAUAAUUUUAAUUUCUUUCUGCCUAAACAUAUAUGCCACAAUAUGACACAUACCUUAUAUCUUUAUGAACUAUAGAAAUGGAAUCCUACUCUAAAAAAUCGGUUGUAUGAGUUACUAUUAGGUAAAAAAUCUUCUGCUUUGUCGAUUAAAAAGUCAAAUUUUCAUGAAAAAGGAACAUUAUACCUCGAUUGUGAAGGGAAAAAAAAUAAAAAAAUCCAAUUUCUUGAACUUAGAUGAAGUAAUCAGUCAAGUCUAUAAUUUUAUUUUAAUAAAAUAUAAUAUUUUGUUGAUUGUUUAUUGGAACUCCCAAUAAUAUGAUCAGAAUUGAAAAAAAAAAUAAUAAUAAUAAAAUUUGUUGAUUGUUUAUUGGAACUCCUAAUAAUAUUUUGUUUUGUUGAUUGUUUAUUGGAACUCCUAAUAAUUUUUAUUUUUAUUUUUAUUUUAUUUUUAUCAGAAUUGACUUUCUAAAUUUGGUGACAUCUCGUGACCUGCCUGCAACCCGUGUCUUGUUCUGCUCCCUGUCAAAAUGUCUUUUUCGUGUUCAUAUAUUCACAUUAAAAUACUUUAAUAGUUGAUAAUCAUCCGUGUGACCAAAAAUAGUUUCAUAUAAUCAGCUUUAAAUUUAUUGAAAAAUAAUUGUUAUUUCAUUGUCUUAUGCUCUAUUUAAUAACCACGGCUGAGUUUGUUUCACCAACCUCAGCCACUGGAUAGGGAAAAUAUGGUGGUUCUGAAGACUUCCGACCGGCAGCUGCUGGCAGCGCUGCUCCUCUUACUCUUUGUGGUCUUCUCAGCUGCAGUUCGAACAUCAAGGCGCCUCAAAGAAGUAAAAGAUGAGUUAUCAGUUCAUAAUUUUCAUAAUCAGGAGCCAAGAAUGGACAUGGAAAUUUCAGACUAUUCAGGAACUGGAGCAAACCAUGACCAUGAUCCACCUACUCCUAGUCCUGGAAUAGUUUGAUCAAUUUAUAAUGUUUAUAAACAUGUGGAAAUAAUUAUAUUCAAAUAUGUAAUAUUUAGAAUCUAUGUGUAAGUUUGGAAAAAAAAAAAAAAUUUAAGUUUCAUGUGAAACUUACACUUAUGUCUGUUUCACCAACGUCUGAAGUACGAUUUUGAUCACCUAAUAUAUUCGGUUUAGUUUGUCCA